AUCUUCACACACACACAGCCAAGCCCAGUCAGCAAGUGAAGGGCUAUCUCGUCAAGAAAGGUGUGUUGUGCUCUCACCCCAAGAUGCCACGAGUAGACGGUCACUUCAACUAUGGUUAUCCCGGGAAGGGGCAUGGCCACGCUUACAUCACACCCGAAGCGGCUGCAGGGAUUGGCAUCCUGACAGUGAUCCUGGGAAUUUUACUGCUCAUUGGCUGCUGGUACUGUAGAAGAAGAAGUGGAUACAGAACCUUGACGGACAAAAGUCUUUGUGCUGGUGCUCAGAGUACCUUACAAGGAAGAUGCUCACAUGGAGAGCUUGGUCAUCAGGACACCAAACUAUCUUCUCAAGACAAAAAUUGUGAACCUCUGGUUCCUAAUGCUCCACCUGCUUAUGAGAAACUCUCUGAAGAACAAUCACCACCACCUUAUUCACCUUGAGAGCCAGUGACCUGCCUCAGAAAAGCUGAAAUAAUUUCCCUCACACUUUAGUUUUAAUUUAGUACAGACAUCUAAUAUUACACUUUGGGAUUCUGUAAUAGCAAUGUACAUCUCUAGCAAGCCAGUGUUAAUUUUUUUUUUUUUUUUUGUCUUUUUGAGUCAGGGUUUUACUAUGCAGUUUAGGCUG